AUGAGGUCUUAUUUCCUUUUAAUGGUCCUUAUUCCGGCGUCAGCGCUCAUUGUAGAAGAUGUAUUUCCACCAAUGUUAGAAGAAUGCUACGCAGGACAAGUUGAUAAAACCACCACGCCGUAUGAUGUUCAAACGAGCUGUUUAGAAAGUUUUUUGGCACAUAUGAACAGAAAUACUAGUUCUAUAGGUUUAGGAAAGGAUGCUUAUGACUGGCUAGAUUCUCUCGGCAGAAAAUUACAUAUUCGGCUGAGACGACAAGCAAAGAGAGGGUACAGCCGGCUGCGCGUAAGAAAAGAAAUACGUACAUUAAGUGAAGAUGAAUUGGAAAAUUUUAUCGACGCAGUAAAAGCCCUGAAAAGUGACACGUCGGUCUCACCAAACAAGUAUGAUUCGUUUGUAAUUAUGCAUAUGGGAGGCGCCGAAAGAUCUGCGCAUGAUGGUCCAAACUUUGUAAGCUGGCAUAGAUAUUUCUGCUUGUUAUUUGAAAAUGCUCUUCGGGAAGUAGAUGAAAAUAGCAGAUCAGUGACUCUUCCAUACUGGGAUUCAAGAGCAGAUUUUUUGAUGAAGAAUCGAGAGGAUUCUAUCUUAUUUACUGAACUAUUUUUGGGGAAUCCGAAAGGCGUUGUAUAUUCAGGUCCAUUUGCAUUUUGGUCAACUCCAACAAAACCAGUCACUUUGUUAAGACGUGAUGUAGGAACAUUUGGCACUCCUAUUCACCCACAAAGGCUAAAAGAAGUGUUUAAAAAAAGAUAUCACCGGGAAAUCCUAAACCCAACAGUUCCAAAGGACAAUUAUGCCAAUUUGGAAUCACACCAUGAUAUGGUUCACGGGUGGGUUGGCGGAAUUGACGGCCAUAUGGGAGACGUAAAUUUAAGUCCAGCGGACCCAGUUUUCUGGCUUCACCAUUGCUUCGUAGAUUACCUUUGGGAAAAAUUUAGAGAACGCCAAACACAAUUAGGAAUAAAUUCAGAAACUGACUACCCAGUGGUACCAGCUACUAACCCAGGGCACCUGCCAAAUAGACAUAUGGAUAAUUUGAUACCACCAAAGACGAAUAUUCAGGGGUAUAGUAAUUCAUUUACAACACGAAUUUAUAGAUAUGAAGAUGCCCCUACUUGUGGAAACAGAUGUGGAGGAGCGUUUAACGGAUUUUUGUUCUGUGAUAUUAGUAAAAAUGCAUGUGUUUCAAGAUCUAGGUAUGAUUUCAUUCGUUUUGGUGGCUUUAGUAAGGUUAAGAAUUGGUACCCACCAGGAGAAAAGGGAAAAAGGGUAACCAUUCCAACAUUUAUCAAGAGUAUUAAACCUUUGAAACAACCAACAACGAAAUCAGAGAUAUCAAAAGGACUAGGAGCUGUACCCGGCCCUUCGAAACAAUCAACAACGAAAUCACAGCUAUCAAAGGCACUUGGGGCUGUACCAGACAUGGUAAAGGGAAGUUUUUCAGCAUUCGCAACUAAAGAAAACAGACAAUUAACUCAAACUUCAACGGCUCCGAAAAUUACAAAAAGAUUUAAGAUGCACUUCGAUAAUCCUAGAACAAGGCGUCGCAGAUCAGUAGAUUACAGUUUAAUAGGCAAUAAUUUAAAAAUUGACUUUGAUAUAAACCUUCGCUUGAGACAAGAGAUGAGAAACGUCAGCUCUUUAAGUAGGAAUCCAUAUAAAUUCGACAAUUUGGCACUGUCUCCAAUAGCAAUAAUAAACAAACACCGAAGAAAUCGAAACACAGGACAUGAUGAAAUUAAAAACCAAAGAACAUUUAAUAUUACAUUUCAAACUGAUGGAUUUUCAUAUAGUGGUAAACAUCUGGACUACAUUUCUAUAGAUGAACGCACGCUUAUGUCUGAAUCUAUUGGUCUUAUUGCCUUUGAGAAGCCGUUAGCUGGUGAAACAAAAGUAUACGUAAGGGCGUACGACUCAAACGGAGAAAUGUGUCAACCCAGUUGUCUGGUAUCAAAAUCUGUGUAUAAGGAAUGUUCUGGGCUGAUAAAGAUCACGUCCGAUUUUCCUCGUAUGUACGUUGAUUCAUAUAAUAAUGCGUUUCAUUCAGAAAUAACACCGUUUCUGAGGUUCGUUUGUGUUAAUUAGGGUGCGUUUGAUUCAGAAAUAACACUGUUCGUAUGUGUUAAAUAAUGUCAUCUUUUUCUUUAAAAAUAGGUCUUUUUAUAUGUCUCUCCAAACAUGGUGUAAAGAAAAUAAUCAAUCUAAUAAAAUCUAACCUUUUGAAGCAAGCAAAUAAAAAAAUUACCAGAAGAUAUGUAGUCGUGUACUUUA